AUGACUACAGAUCUCCAAGCCGCGGGGAUGAGCAUAAGUUCGCUGCGGGAAGGGGAAAGCUACAUCCAGCGGAUAGUUCCUGAAAGCAAUGUGUACUUUAAUUUUUGGAGGCAAAGGAUGAAGGGAAACUGGGUUAGGUUUGGGGAUUUCCCGACGACAACAAUGUAUAGGAGGGCGAAGCAGAGACAAGCUAGAAAUGAAAUUUUGUCACUAAAAGAUGAUAAUGGGGAAUGGGUGGAAGGUAUGAAUGAGGUGGAAAAGUUGAUUUCAGAUUUUAUAAAAAGUACUUAUAACCCGGCUCACAUGGAUAAUAGAGGAGAGGUAAUUGAUCUGUUGCUGCGUCAGCUGGAUAUCCCUCUUCUCACGGACGACGACAGGAGGUGUCUUGGUAGGGAGUUCUCAGAUGGUGAGAUUAAAAAGGCCAUGUUUGAUUUACCUUUCUCCAAAUCUCCAGGUCCGGAUGGUUUUACGGUGGAUUUCUUUAAGACCUAUUGGCAGGAGGUUGGACAUCUAGUAGUAGAGAGCGCCAAGCAAUUUCUAAGAACAGUACACAUGCUCAAGAAAUGGAACCAGUCGCUCCUGGUGUUGAUCCCAAAGGUAAAGGCCCCAGAGCUUGCAACUUACUUUAGACCUAUAAGCCUAUUCAACACGGUCUAUAAGUGCGUUUCAAAGUGCCUGGUCAAUAGAUUAAAACCUAUUCUAUCUAGUCUAAUCUCUGAGAACCAGCAUGCAUUCAUUCUAGGGAGAUACAUGGAGGAUAACAUUAUCUUGAGCCAUGAACUCAUGCACUUGAUUAACUUGAGGAAGGGCUCGAAUUUUACGGCGGUUAAGAUUGAUAUGUCCAAAGCAUAUGAUAGAGUGGACUGGCUCUUUCUAAUGAAGGUUUUGCAGGCUUACGGUUUUUCUAGCCAUUGGAUUAGGAUGCUAUCACAGUGCUUCUCGAUGAUGAUGAUAUGCUUUUUCAAGGCGACAAAGGAGUCUUGCUUGUGCAUACCGGAUAUACUUCUUAGGUUUGGCAAAGCUUCUGGUCAACAUCUUAAUCUACAGAAGUCUGCGAUUAAAUUUUCUCCGGGUCUUGGCAAUGAAGAGAAAUUGGUUGUGCCCGAAACAGAUAACAUAGGGAUCCAUUUGGGAGCUCCUAUAGACAUUCAAGGGAAGAAAAGCCCUCAUUUCCAAUUCUUAGUGGACAGAGUGUCGGAAAAAAUCAUGUCAUGGGCAUCUCUUCAUCUUUCACAAUCAGCAAAGCUAAUCCUUAUCAACACAAUAUUGGUAAGCAUGUCUGCUCAUGUUAUGAAGUGCCUGAAAGUACCUCAAAGUAUUGCUAACAAUAUUGAUGCGCUGAUAACUCGGUUUUGGUGGGCAAAAAAUGGUAAUAAAAGCCUACAUUGGGUGAGUAGGGGUGUUACGCAGCUUCAAAAAGGCAUGGGAGGACUAGGGAUCAGAGGUUCUUCUAAUCUCAAUAAUGCCCUAAUUUUCAAACAGGCCACCAGGAUGCACCUUAACCCUCAACUUCUCCUCUCCAGAGUCUACCGAGGUCUGCAAGAGUGCGGUGUCUGCAACAUUACAAAGCCCUAUAUAAGGAAAGGAAAUCCAUCAAUGGGGAGGUCUAUCAUCCAAAAAGCUGCCCGUGUUUUCAAGGACGGUUAUGCUUGGAAGGUAGGAAAUGGAAACAGCAUCUCGGCAAUUAAUAUGCCAUGGGUGAAAGGGGAAAUUCCCCUAGUAAAAUCAGGCCAAACGCUGAGAAGUGAUUUGAAUUGGAAAGUAAGUGACUUCAUUUACAGGAAGUCCUUUUCUUGGAAAGUAGGAAAGGUAAGGGAGUGUUUUGAGUGGGAUUGGGCUAAAGCAAUUCUGUCAAUGGAAUUACCGAAGACAAGUGAGGAUGAUUUCCUAUAA